AUGCGUGGCGCAUCCUCUCUUUUCUCACUGUUGCUGUCAUGCACUAUCCUGCUGAGCGAUGGCGCCAGCGCCCAGGGUCCGCACUACAAGAUCGCUGAAGUGCAGGACAUGGUCGAUGGCAUGCUGGACCAGUUCAAGCAGUACGCAACCUUCCAAGGCGCUGACAAGGCUCCGCUGCCCAUCGAUCCGCACGCCGAAGCUCCCACGAAUCUGAACGGCACCGCUGUUGUUGCAAAGCGACAGACGUCGUCGUACUGCGCGCCGUAUUGGCUGGAGAACAUCAAGCAUCAGGGGAAGGCCGCGUUUAAUAGCAACUCGACGUAUGCCGUGUUUCGGAACGUCAAGAGCUAUGGAGCCAAAGGUGAUGGCGUUACGGAUGACACGGCCGCCAUCAACCGCGCUAUGAAAGAUGGAGGACGCUGCGCUCCUGGUACAUGCUCGUCGAGCACUACGACGCCGGCCAUUAUUUACUUCCCUGCUGGCACUUACGUCGUCUCCUCUUCCAUUGUCGACUACUACAACACCAUGAUCAUCGGCAACCCCAACUGCCUCCCCACGCUGAAGGCUACUCCCAACUUCUCAGGCUUUGGCGUCAUCGAUGGCAACCAGUACCAGUCCGGUGGCGCGCUCGGCUGGGGCGCUACUAAUGUAUUCUUCUCGCAAGUCCGUAACUUCAUCAUCGACUUGACUGCCAUCCCGGCCUCUUCGAGCGCAACUGGCAUCCAUUGGCCCGUUUCCCAAGCCACGAGUCUGCAGAACAUCGUGUUCAAGAUGUCUGAUGCUCCCGGAACCCAGCACCAGGGCAUUUUCAUCGAAUCCGGCUCUGGCGGCUUCGCCAACGAUCUGAUUUUCUACGGCGGCCUCAACGGCGCUGUCUUCGGCAACCAGCAGUUCACGAUGCGCAACCUGACCUUCUACAACGCCGUGACGGCCAUCAACCAGAUCUGGUCGUGGGGUUGGACGUACAAGAGCCUGUCCAUCAACAACUGCACCACCGGCGUCACCAUGAACGGCGGGGGUCGCACCGCGCAGACAGUCGGCUCCGUCACCAUCCUCGACAGCUCCUUCACCAACACUCCCGUCGGCAUCCUCAGCGCUCACGACUUCUCCUCCUCUCCCGCCACGGCCGGCAGCUUGGUCCUGGAAAACAUCCAACUCACCAAAGUCCCCACCAUGGUCAAAGGCCCCUCCAGCGUCGCCCUCGCCGGCACCACCGGCACCACGACCAUCAACGCCUGGGCCCAAGGCCACGCCUACACCCCCUCGGGGCCAACCAACAUCAUGAACGCCAUCAGCAGCACCACCCGUCCCGCCACCCUCCUCAGCGGCAGCACCAAAUACUACGAGCGCUCCAAACCCCACUACGGCGACGUAACCCUCAGCCGCACCCUCUCCGCCCGCACCAUGGGCGCCCGCGGCGACGGCCGCACCGACGACACGGCCGCGCUGCAAUCCGCCAUCACCUACGCCGUCAAGUACAACGCCCUGCUCAUCGUCGACGCGGGGACCUACAAGAUCAGCCGCACGCUGUACUUCCCGCCGGGCCUGCGCGUCGUCGGCGAGGCGUACCCGGUCAUCAUGGCUGCGGGUGCGUUCUGGGGCGACAUCAACGUGCCUCAACCCGUGAUCCAGGUCGGUGGGAGUGGCGCGGGGCAGUCGACGGCGGGAAGGGUGGAGUGGUCCGACAUGAUCGUGUCGACGCAGGGCGCGGCGCCCGGCGCGCUGCUGAUACAGUGGAACCUGGCGGCGCCGAGUGGCAGCCCCAGCGGCAUGUGGGACGUCCACACGCGCGUCGGCGGGUUCGCUGGGAGCGGGCUGUCGUACGCGGACUGCCCUGCCACGCCUUCCGUCGUCGCGACGUCCGCGAACAUCAAGGCUGGGUGUAUCGCUGCCUACGCCAGCAUGCACGUCACGAAGGCCGCAUCGGGGCUCUACGCGGAAAACGUGUGGCUCUGGGUCGCCGACCACGACGCCGACGACAGCCAGCUGCGGCAGAUCACGAUACAUGCCGGCCGCGGCUUGCUGGUCGAGAGCGCCGGUCCGACCUGGUUGGUCGGCACGGGCGUCGAGCACCACGCCAAGUACCAGUACCAGUUCCGCAACGCGGCCGCCGUCUUCGCGGGCCAGAUUCAGACCGAGAGCGCGUACUACCAGCCGAACCCCGACGCUGGUGCUGUGUUCCCCGUUAAUACGACCAUGGGGGAUCCCGUGUUUACGGCGGCGACGGCGUAUAAUGGAGAUAAUAAGAGUGGGUGGGGGCUGAGGGUUGUGGAUAGCAGCGUGUUGGUGUAUGGGGCCGGGUUGUACAGUUUUUUCAGUAAUUACAGCACUACUUGCUCCAACGCACCCGGUGGCCAGUGCCAGACCCGCAUCAUGAGCGUCGAGGGCAACAGUUACGUUUCGCUCUUCAACCUCAACACCGUCGGCGCCAAGAGCAUGAUUUCUCGCAACGGCGUCGAGGUUGCUAACUACAAGGACAACCUGAACGUGUACCCGGACACUGUUGCCCUGUACCGUAGCAAGUAA